AAGAAAAAAUAAUUCAAUUCAUACAUAUGGCAAUCCCAACAAAUAAAUUUAUGCAGACAUCUUGUGCAAAGAAGAGGAACAACGAAGAAGAUAGAUUUGGGGAUGGGAAAAAGGAGAGAAUAGAAGCAGACGGAGGAACCAUAUUUCCACUAUUCUACCUACAGUAAGGAAAGAAUUUGAAGGCAUGGACAUUAAAGGUAAAUAUGAAGUGCAGAAAGGCUAUGAGUGGCUGUUGGGCGACCAUGAAAAUGUACAAUGGACCUCGAUUGUUUGGAAUAAGCUCACUAUUCCUAAACAUCAAUUCCUACAAUGGCUGGGUUGGAAAGACAGGAUACUCACUAAAACUAGGUUGGCCAGAUACAUGAACAUUACUACUGAUUGUGUUCUAUGUUCUGAUCAUGUAGAGGAUAGGGUGCACUUAUUCUACAAAUGCCAGUACGCUAGAGAAUUGCAUAGUGAAGUUAGAAGGUGGCUUCAAAUUAGCUGGUCUGCCAACAAUGAUAUGGAGCUACAGAAGGCUAUUCAAUGCAUCAAUGGAAGGAAAAACAGACAAUUGGCCAUUGCAGGAUUUGCUGGAGUCUGUUAUGCUGUUUGGAGGGCAAGGAACUGGAAGGUUAUGAAACAAGAGGAGAAUAUGGUCUUCAUUUCCACCAAGGGGGUUCUUCCCAAUAAGAUUCACAUCGGAAUGGAUUAACCAAUUUCAUCUAUAUUCAAUUCAUGAGUGAUACAGCACAAAUUCGAAUAACAGUAGAUUGACUAU